AGCGCGCGCAGCCGCAGCGUCUGGGGAGGGGGUGCGGCCAGAGUUUCCUUCCUGCGAGUGCCAGAGACUAGGAAAGUAGGGACCAACCCUCCUCGGAUUACCCACCACAGGCUCCUCCCCCACCUCCAAAUUUGCAUAAAAAAGGCCAAGAAAACUGGCAGCUCCCCAGCCGCGGCUCACUCUGCUCCCCCGGGUCGGAGCCCCCCGGAGCUGCGCGCCUGCUGCAGCGUCCGUCCCGCGCCCGGCUGCGCAAGCUCCGGCUUCUCAGACCCCCGAGCCUCGCCGAGCAGAGUCCGCGGGCCCGGGACGAGCUCGGGCUCCUCCGGCUGCCCCGCGCUUGCCCGGCUCGCCUCCCUCUGCCCCCCGGGGGUCGCGCGCCCAUGAUGCCGCAAGGUCCCGGCUCACUGUUACUGUUCAUCCUCGCCCUGCACUGCUCCCUGGGCUCGGCGCCCGGGCUCUUCCUCUUUGGCCAGCCCGAUUUCUCGUACAAACGCAGCAAUUGCAAGCCCAUCCCGGCCAACCUGCAGCUGUGCCACGGCAUCGAGUACCAGAACAUGCGGCUGCCCAACCUGCUGGGCCACGAGACCAUGAAGGAGGUGCUGGAGCAGGCGGGCGCUUGGAUCCCGCUCGUCAUGAAGCAGUGCCACCCGGACACCAAGAAGUUCCUGUGCUCGCUCUUCGCCCCCGUCUGCCUCGAUGACCUGGACGAGACCAUCCAGCCCUGCCACUCUCUCUGCGUGCAAGUGAAAGACCGCUGCGCCCCGGUCAUGUCUGCCUUCGGCUUCCCCUGGCCCGACAUGCUCGAGUGCGAUCGCUUCCCCCAGGACAACGACCUCUGCAUCCCCCUUGCUAGCAGCGACCACCUCCUGCCGGCCACGGAAGAAGCUCCGAAGGUAUGUGAAGCCUGCAAAAAUAAGAAUGAUGAUGACAACGACAUCAUGGAGACGCUUUGUAAAAAUGAUUUUGCGCUGAAAAUAAAAGUAAAGGAGAUAACCUACAUCAACAGAGACACCAAAAUCAUCCUGGAGACCAAGAGCAAGACCAUUUACAAGCUGAACGGUGUGUCCGAACGGGACCUGAAGAAAUCCGUGCUGUGGCUCAAAGACAGCUUGCAGUGCACCUGCGAGGAGAUGAACGACAUCAACGCACCCUAUCUGGUCAUGGGACAGAAACAGGGUGGGGAGCUGGUGAUCACCUCGGUGAAGCGGUGGCAAAAGGGUCAGAGAGAAUUCAAGCGCAUCUCCCGCAGCAUCCGCAAGCUGCAGUGCUAGUUCCAGGUCCCGGAGGCUGCAAGAGCUCGCCUGACCAUUUCCGUUUCUGGUGGGUUGUUUCCGCUGGAACCCUCCCUUCCGGUUUCCCAAGCACAGUCCCGCGUGCUCCUGCCCCAGCCUGGAGCACUUGGCCUUCCUUCCUUUUGCGCUUUUCCAUCCCAGCGUUUCCUGAGUCACAGCGCCCUAGGAUGCUGCAGGAAUAGAGAUCUGUUUCCAUAGAAAGGAGAAGCCCAAACUAAUAAAGUAACGACUAUUUUUAUGAAUAUUUACAACGGCUCAUUUAAAGGCUAAUUUUUAAUAGAUAUGACUGUGACUUGGGUCUGAUUUUUUUUUUUUUUUUAACCGACUGUUUGGUUGGAAUGGGCUGAUUUUUACCAUCCACUGAGGGGGCUGUAAUAUGCAGGAUGCUUCAUUUUUCUCUAGCUCGAACCCAUGGGUUGCAAACUUUGUUGGGAUAAAGCGGGCUGUUAUCCCGACCUCUUCCUCCCCUCCAGCCGGAGACUCACUAAGAAUUCACUUAUCAUUUUACAGCCUCACUAGGAGCUCACGCAGUUGCAUGUAUCACGUUCCGGCUACAGUAUUUCCAUUUAUUAAAAAGCACAUUACCAGUCUUCAUAGCAUGAUUUCUUCAAAUAAAGGGCAAAGUAAACAAAUUUUGUAAUUGACUUGAAUACAUUAAGUCUUGUUUAAAGCAUUUUUUUUACUUGUUUUUUGCAAAUAAAACCAUUGUAGCUUACCUGUAAUAUACAUAGUAGUUUACCUAAAAAGUUGUAAAAAUAAUUGCUUUAACCAACACUGUAAAUAUUUCAGAUAAACAUUAUAUUCUUGUAUAUAAACUUAACAUUCUGUUUUACCCA